AUGGGGCUGAAGUGUGUUACUCCGAAUGACAAAAGUUUUCUUUUCGACAUUAAAAAAAAUCUUGGAAGAGGUGGCUUUGGGUUCGUUUUUAAAGGAAAGUAUAAUGGACAAGAAGUAGCUGUAAAGCGCAUUGAACUGCUCAAAUUACAAGAUUCAAGAGAAGAAACUGCUUUACAAAAAUUCGAUCACGAAAAUGUGGUCAAGUUAUACCAUCACAGGGAUGACGAAAAUUUCAGGUAUUUUGCAUUUGAGCUGUGUGCUGCAGACCUCAGUGCAUUUUGUAAAGGAAAAUACAAAGCCACACCGGCCACACCCAUGCCCUCUGACGCUGAAGUGCUUCUCCAGCUGGCCACAGGACUUGAGCACAUUCAUUCGAUGAAUAUAAUUCAUCGUGAUAUUAAACCAGGGAAUAUCCUCAUUUCGAAAACAAAUCCCGUUGUGAUGAAAUGGGCUGAUUUCGGAUUGAGCAAACCUACCAAUAGCCGUGGCUCUGCCUCAUUGAGUGGCUUCCGCGGAACCAAACCUCUUCCUGACAGAAAUUUGGCUAAAAUCAUCAUCAUUAAAAUGAUUGCCCACAAAAGUGUGGACAGAAUUUCAUUGGCGGAAAUAAUCAACAUUUUGAGAGGUUAUGUCACUUUGGGAAAUUCUUUGGAAGACGCUCGUGUGGAGUCUCAGUCUCAGUCAUCAGCACAAACCACCACCCCCCCGUGGGCUAUCAAAGCUCGGGUUACCAUAAAGUCGAAACCUUAUUACCAGGAAAGGUAUGAAGGAAAUGAACUUGUACAAGGAAAGAAAUGUUUUUUCGUUAUGUUGGAAGAUGGAAGCGGCAAAAAUAUUAAAGCACGAGCUUGCUCGUACAAACUUUUUAAGAAAUUCUAUUCGAAAUUCCAAGAAGGGAAAGAAUAUUUAAUCAAGAAAGCUGGCUUCGACAAAAGUGGCGAGGAACCCAUAUUAUCCUUGCUAGACAAGACAGAAGUUAUUUUGUUGUAG